AUGGCACCAAUGACCAAUGCUUCGCAGCGACAGCGCAGCAGAGCCACUCCAUACAUACCAUCAUACAUGGAAGAGGGUCAGUCGUGCGUUGUAUGCGGAGAUGCUGCUACUGGACUUCACUACAGAGCAAUAACCUGUGAAGGAUGCAAAGGAUUCUUCAGGCGAACAGCUCAGCGUCAUCUCACCUAUGUCUGCAAAAGUGUGGAAAAAUGUGAAAUCAACAAGCAAACGCGCAACAUAUGUCAGCGUUGCAGAUUUCUCAAAUGUAGAUCUGUUGGAAUGAGCACAGACUUGGUUCUGAACGAGGAUGAACGUGUACAGAAACGUGAACUAAUCAAAGGAAAUCGUGAACGUCGACAUUUAGAACAACUGUUGACACUCAUAAAAGGAACACCCGCCGACGAAGCUCACGUAAAGGAGUUGAGAUUUGAGAUCGACCUCAUAACCAAAUCCUACUGCCAGCACAUCGAUCAGCCGCUGAACUCAUCAAAUGUAGGGACUGGGAAGGACAAUCACUUGGUGGAGAUACUGCGUCCGAUUGUGAGAAGAAGCAGUGAAUUUGCACGCGUCAUAGCUGUCUGGAACACGCUGCCAGUCGUCUCCCAAAUGCAGCUCCUACAUAAUACGAUCCUUGAAGUCCAACUGCUCAGAUUCAUAUCAUUUUUCGACGAAGCUGAGAACUGCUUUCGUCCGAACGUUAACGUUUCCAUCACGAAGCAUGAUCUUCUAGAUACACUUGCUGUGGAAGUUGAAGGAAACGAUGAAAUGGAUGAACUCCGAGAGCUAGUGGGUGGCCUGUUUGUAGCAGCACACUCACUGGCCGCAUUGCAGUUGGACGAUCGUCUACUGGCUGUUCUUAGUGCUAUGUUCAUUUUUGACCCAAGUAAUUUAGCGGAUUCUUCGCUGGUUCCUGUUAUCUCACCCGCACACGCUCGCCUCGACGACAUGUUACACCUGUUGAGCGACGAGGCCAGCGAUGGGAUGAGCACCACACGAGCAUUUGCAGCGCUUGUCAUGACUGUAACCGCAUUCCGACGCAUUUGUCGUCGUCUUGCGCAGCACUUUAAACCUCAAAAUGCAGCUCUUUUCGAGAAAAUACUAGGGAUAUAG